UAUUAAAAAAAGAACUGGAUCAAAACAUUUUUUAGAGAUAAAAUUGCUCUGAAGUUUAGUAAUUGGAGGCCACCAUUAUCAUUAUCAUUACAUAAAGUAAAUGUGUUUAAUCUUUUCUCUCUUCAAUUCAAUACCAUUUGUUCAUAGAUUUUAAACAGGGAUUUACUACGGGCUACGUUGUCUCACUUACCGAGAGAUAGUGUCUCUGUGGCAAAAAAAAAAAAAUGCUUGACACACCAGCUCACAGGAAGCGGGAGAUGGGAAGCACAUUAUUGACAAAGGCCCAUUCUGCUGCUCAUCAGGAAAUAUGGAACAUUACUCCCCUUCACAAAUGAUUUGCUCCUGGCAUUUGGGAGGGAUAAAAAAUCCAAUAUAUUGGAUUUGUGGGGGUCUAUUUACAAUGCAUCAGUGUUAUAUAAUUUGAUGUGUUUCUACCACAAAUAGGCUGUCUGUACUGUUGUUGCAAUGACCACCACUUUGUUGAUUUGAGGGUUUUAUCUGAUAAGACUAUUAGAAAGCAAUUCCACAUGCAUUUGCCAUAAUUGCCAUUUGUGAACCUUUAAGGCUCUGGGGUCACUGGGGAUAAUUGGCGAGGAUGCAGAGGUGUCUGUGUCACUAAAACGCAGCCGAAUCACUGGGACAAAGCAAAACAAAACGUGGCGUCAGUCGAGAGGCUUCCGCCAAUUCAGAGUACUACUUCACCGUCACGUUCAAUCAUGACAACCAGAAGGCUUUGGAGCUGCGCACGGAGGACGUCAAGGACUGUGAUGAGUGGGUGGCUUCCAUCACACAGGCCAGUUACAGGAACCUGGCUACAGAGCAUGAGACCCUCAUGCAGAAGUAUCUCCAUCUACUCCAAAUAGUGGAGACGGAGAAAACGGUUGCCAAGCAACUUCGACAACAGAUAGAGGACGGGGAAAUCGAGAUAGAGCGGCUAAAAUCAGAGAUCGCUGGACUGCUCAAAGACAAUGAAAAGAUCCAGUCGAAUCCAGAGGUACCUCCCAGUGAAGAUGACACCGAGAUCAAGAAGAUCAAAAAGGUCCAGAGUUUCCUGCGAGGUUGGAUUUGCCGCAGGAAGUGGAAAACCAUCAUCCAGGACUACAUCCGUUCACCCCACGCUGAAAGCAUGAGGAAGAGGAACCAGGUAGUGUUCAGCAUGCUGGAGGCCGAGGCCGAGUACGUCCAGCAGCUCCACAUCCUGGUCAACAACUUCCUGCGGCCGCUGCGCAUGGCCGCCAGCUCCAAGAAGCCGCCCAUCACUCACGAUGACGUCAGCAGCAUCUUCCUUAACAGUGAGACCAUCAUGUUCCUCCACCAGAUCUUCUACCAGGGCCUGAAGGCCCGGAUAGCCAGCUGGCCGACGCUGGUGCUGGCGGACCUGUUUGACAUCCUGCUGCCCAUGCUGAACAUCUACCAGGAGUUUGUGAGGAACCACCAGUACAGCCUGCAGAUCCUGGCCCACUGCAAGCAGAACCGAGACUUCGACAAGCUGCUGAAGCAGUACGAGGCCAAGCCCGACUGCGAGGAGAGGACACUGGAGACCUUCCUCACUUACCCCAUGUUUCAGAUCCCUCGUUACAUCCUGACGCUGCAUGAGUUGCUGGCUCACACCCCCCAUGAGCAUGUGGAGAGAAACAGCUUGGACUACGCCAAGUCAAAACUGGAGGAACUUUCCAGAAUCAUGCACGAUGAGGUGAGCGAGACGGAGAACAUCAGGAAGAACCUCGCUAUUGAACGGAUGAUUGUGGAGGGUUGUGAAGUGCUGCUGGACACCAGUCAGACAUUUGUUAGGCAAGGUUCCCUGAUCCAGGUGCCGAUGAGCGAGAAAGGGAAGAUCACGAGAGGCCGACUGGGCUCUCUGUCUCUGAAGAAAGAAGGCGAGCGACAGUGUUUCCUCUUCUCCAAACAUCUCAUCAUCUGUACCCGUGGCUCUGGGGGAAAACUUCACAUCACCAAGAAUGGCACGGUCUCGCUCAUAGACUGCACACUGAUGGAGGAGGCAGAGGGGACAGAUGAUGAGUCCAAAGGGGAGCAAAAGGAUUCAGAGCACCUGGACUUUAAAGUGAUGGUGGAGCCCAAAGACGUCCAGCCCUUCACCGUCAUCCUGGUGGCUUCAUCCCGACAGGAGAAGUCGGCGUGGACGAGCGACAUCAGCCAGUGCAUUGACAACAUCCGCUGCAACGGUCUGAUGAUGAACGCCUUCGAGGAAAACAGUAAAGUCACUGUGCCACAGAUGAUUAAGUCGGACACCAGCUUGUACUGCGAUGAUGUGGACAUUCGCUUCAGCAAGAUGAUGAACUCCUGCAAGGUGCUGCAGAUCCGCUACGCCAGCGUGGAACGCUUGUUGGAGAGGCUGACCGACCUGCGCUUCCUCUCCAUCGACUUCCUGAACACCUUCCUCCACUCCUACCGCGUCUUCACCAGCGCUGACGUAGUGCUGGACAAGCUCAUCUGCAUCUACAAGAAGCCCAUCAGUGCCAUCCCAGCACGUUCUUUGGAGCUUUUCUUUGCAAGCAGCCAGAACAACAAACUCCUCUACGGUGAGCCACCCACGUCGCCGCGUGCCAGCCGCAAGUUCUCCUCCCCUCCUCCCCUCUCCAUCACCAAGACGUCCUCGCCCAACCGCCGUCGCAAACUCUCGCUCAACAUCCCCAUCAUCACGGGGGGCAAAGCCCUGGACCUGGCUGCGCUCACCUGUUCUCCCAAUGGCUAUGCAAGCAGCAUGCACUCCACCAUGUCACCCUUCAGUAAGACCACCCUCGACAUCAACAAGCUCUACGUGUCCAGCACCAUGGCCAGCAAAAUCCCCGAUGAGGGAGAGGCCAAAACCGAAGGCAAGGCUGAGGAGUCUGUCCCCAACAAGCAAGAUCUGUCUGUGAGAGAGGAAUGUGAUGAGGACCCAAGCCAGAAUGACGAAACAGAAGCAGAAAUGUCUCCUCCCAAAUCACCAUCAACACCUAAGAACGUCAAGUCAAAAAACUCUGAGUUUUCCCUGUUUUCCUUCAACAAUGGCAUGGUGGUGUCAUCUUGCCGGGAGCUGGACAAUAACCGCAGUGCCCUUUCUGCCGCCUCGGCCUUCGCCAUCGCCACCGCUGGUGCCAACGAAGGCACGCCAACCAAGGAGAAGUACCGUCGUAUGUCGCUCGCCAGCACAGGUUUUCCUACAGACCAGAGGAAUGGGGACAAAGAGUUUGUUAUCAGGAGAGCUGCAACAAACAGAGUCCUAAAUGUGCUGCGUCACUGGGUCUCCAAACACUCGCAGGACUUUGAGCUGAACACAGAGCUGAAGAUGCGGACAAUUAGCUUCCUGGAGGAGGUGAUGCAUGACCCAGAGCUCUUGACACAGGAAAGAAAGGCAGCUGCCAACAUUAUCAGGACUCUCACUCAGGAGGACCCUGGAGACAACCAGGUCUCGCUGGAAGAGAUCACACAGAUGGUCUUGGAGGACUGUAAGACUGAGCCGUUUGAGAGCCACUCUGCCCUGGAGAUAGCUGAGCAACUCACACUGCUGGACCACCUGGUCUUCAAGGUCAUCCCAUACGAGGAGUUCUUUGGUCAAGGCUGGAUGAAGAACGACAAGAACGAGAGAACUCCCUACAUUAUGAAAACAACCAAGCAUUUCAACGAUAUCAGCAACAGGAUCGCCACAGAGAUCCUGCAGUGGGACGAUGUCAACAUGCGAGUGGCGGUGAUCGAGAAAUGGGUGGCCGUGGCUGACAUCUGUCGCUGCCUCCACAACUACAACGCCAUGCUGGAGAUCACAUCCUCUCUCAACCGCAGCUCCAUCUUCCGCCUCAAGAGGACCUGGCUCAAAGUCUCCAAGCAGACAAAGACUGUGAUUGACAAGUUACAGAAGCUGGUGUCGUCAGAGGGACGAUUCAAAAACCUGAGAGAAGCGCUGAAGAACUGCGACCCUCCCUGUGUUCCCUACCUGGGAAUGUACCUGACUGACCUGGCCUUCAUUGAGGAGGGAACACCCAACUACACCGAGGACAGCCUGGUCAACUUCUCUAAGAUGAGAAUGAUUUCUCACAUUAUCAGAGAAAUACGGCAAUUUCAGCAAACGGCUUACAAGAUCGAUUAUCAAUCAAAGGUUGCAAAGUACUUGCUGGACUGUAGUAAUGCGCUGGACGAGGAGAGUCUGUAUGAUGCGUCUCUGAGGAUCGAGCCCAAAACUUCAACAUGAAGAGGAUCUCCGUCUCUCUCUCUCUCUCUCUCAACCCUCACAUGGAUCAACUUUCAAGUUCUUUAUUGACAUAUGCACAACAAUUACAGAGAAGCAGCCGUUGACAAUGAAAUUCUUAAAUCUCAGGCUCCCUCUAACAAUGCUCAAUAAAUAUGUAUAAAAAUAAAAUCACACAAAAUUAACAAAAUCUAAGACAAAAUAGUGCAGAAGUUAAAAUAUAGGGAUAAAAUAUAACAUAUAAAAUGAAAUAAUAUAUAUUUGUGGUAAACACUAAUUGCAAAAUGAAUAAACUUUAAUGUAAACAGGGAUCUAGUAACUGUGUAUGCAUAAUGAGAAGUAAUAAAUACAUACAGAGAUGUAAACAGAUUUGAAACAGUAAGUAAGAGUCUAUAAAGGUAAAAUAACAAUAGUGACGAGCUCAAGUCUUACGGCCUGCGGGCUGAAGCUGUCCCCGGUGUGGUUCUGGGGUGUUUGGUGUCCCUGUUUAUCCUGUUGGCCUUCUUCCUGCACCGCUGGGUGUAGAGGUCCUCCAUGGACGGCGGCUCCGUCCUGGUUAUGUGCUGAGCAGUUUUCACCACCCUCUGUAGAGCCGUACGGUUGAGGGCGGUGCAACUGCAAUACCAGGCGGUGAUGCAGCCAGUGUAAUGGAGUGUACAGGAACAAUAUAUCAUAAUGUACAUAUAUUAUUAUUUGUAUUAGACACAGUAGGCUGUGCCCUUCUAGUAUGUGCUCCCCAAUGGACUCGUUGUGUAUAAUCGUUAUUAGAGACUGAGUAGAAGCCCAGAGAGGUUUUAUUUAUAUAGUUACAGAGUAUUUAUGUUAUUUCUCGUCUUAAAUACCAUUUUAUGAUAAUAGUUAUUUUCAACUGCGGAAUAAACAGAUGAGAGAGUAUACAGACAAGAUAUUUAGUCACAUCCUAUUGGGAAUGUGCAGUAUAAAAAAGGUGGUGGUCACAUUCGACACAUGAUGAUCAACUCCCACUUUUUUGCUCAGAUGUCAAAGUCCCCAUACACACACAUUCUGCCUGAUUACAGCAGCCAUUUAUUCAGCCUAUUUGUCCGCAAGUGUAGAUCUUAAAGGCUAAAAGUAAUACAAAUAUCUUCUAAUCAGCUAGCUGCAUGAUCGUUAAUUCAAAGUUGUGUAAUCCUUAAAGGUAUAAUAUGCAAGAAUUUCAUAAAAAACAAUGUAUAGGCUGAUACAAAAAUAAUCCCUCUCAAUCAUCACUGACACUAGAAGUGUGUGGCGGUGUUUGUUUCUGCAGAGACCCUGCAGCCCUCUGCCUGUAUUUCCUCUUUUCUUAUUAUUUUGAUUUACUUUGGACGCUUCUGGGCGUCUGCAAACAGCCUUUGUGCCCCACGUGGGGGUUUCAACCCCCAGCCAAUAACAGCGCACAGGCUGUGCAGCCCAUUCAGGUGGUCAAAUAUCGCUGCUGUGUCACGGCCCUCGGCUUCUGAUACCAAGGCACAAGUCUCCAUAUACAAAGCGUCCGUAUUUGAUGGAUGAGAACGGGUUGUGUUAUGUGCAUGUGUUCCAGUGAUCCCACUGCUCCUCUCUGUGCUGUGAGUGCAGCUAUGAUCGGUGUGCGUCUGUAGUUUGACGAGAGCAGCGCUGAACCACAGGAAGCCUGCAUUAAUUCAAAACCCAGCAGCUCGGCACCUUCCCGCAGGACUAUGCAGAGUUGUGCGGAGUUAGUUGUGGGUUUAAUUGUGUUUUAGAACGUAACCAUUGGGAAACAAUCAGACAAUAACGUUUUAUUUCUCCGAUUCGCUGCUUUGUUCUCAGUAACGCCGCUCCCUCUCUUCAGUCACUCUAUAGCUCGCUCAACCAUCGCUGCUCUCUCUCUCUCUCCCUCUCGGCUCAAGGUGUGGCCAACUUUGAAUGCUGUGUGUUGUUUACAAACACCAACUGACAACAGUUACAUAUUAUACCUUUAAGAUUUCAGUCCUGGUUGAUUUGAAUCCAGCGUGGGAAUGGCGGACUCCGCCACAAACACUGAAAACGACUAAUUAUUGAAUGUAAAUACGUGGAAUGGCUAUUGCAGAAAGAACGCUGAACACCUUUCAAAAAUGGGGUUUGAUUUAAAAAAAAAAAAAAAAAAAAAAAAUCUUAAGGAUUCAAACUUUAAAGUUUUGAAAUGGAGACACUUUUGAAAACCUUUCUUAUCAGAGAAUAAAGUGGUGAAAAGUGGGACUGCUGUGGUGGCUAGAGUUGAAUCAUGUGCUCUAAUGUUUUAUGUAGCCACUGAUUGACAAAGAUUAGAGAUCUGGAUGUGUUGUGAGUCAAAACUGAAACAAGAUUACCUUCUGAUUUCUGAAUGAGCUGGGACACACGAGUUUUCAGUUUGGAGAGAUGUGUUUUUAUGCUUUGCUUAUCAUCACCUUAUUCCCCUGGUGGGCAACAUGAUGUAUAUACGGUAUAAGCACCGGGCAGUGUAUGUAGCAGAUGUAACCAAUAUUGAGCCACUUCAGGAAGUCAAAUUCCCAGCUUCACUCAGACAGCAAGAGCAUAGUUUUUACGGCUAAUCUUCUUUGGCCAGUGCAUUAUGGUUUUGCCUUAAUCAUGAAAUGGAUUAUAUACAAAAGUAUGUAAACUAUUUUGUUCUACGAUUUGCCAAUGAAGCAGAAAUAUUUGCUGUGUACAAUAUCGUGUACAGGCAGUCUGAUGCAUUUCCUAACGUGCAAUGUGUUUAAAAAAAAAACAUAUCCCUCGAAAUGUGUUAUCCUUAUGAUCGUUCAACUCUGUAAUAACUUUUCUGUGUAUGAUACUUUAAAAGCAAAUGUUGAAAACAACUUAUAAGUGUAACACAUUCUGUAUCCUGUCUAUUCCGACGUGUUAGCAGGAACUAUAGUAAUAUUGUGCUUAUUCUUGGAAUAUUUAUAGGUAUUUUUUACAGGCUUUGUAUAGAAAAAACACCUAACGCUUAAGUGGCAGGCAUGUACCACUUUCACGUGUUCAAAUCAGAUCUAUAUCUAGAACAGUAUGUGUACUGUAUUUAAACCCCACCCUUGCACAUGAAUCUUUACCCUCCCAACAGGCACAUCAGAUGUUUGCAGUGAGCAAUAUACCCAGUGGUAUGAGGAUUAUCUUUCAGUCUAUUUCAACAGCUUGAGUAGUAUUUCCAGUUUUGUAUAAAAGUGUAUUCUUUCCUGAUUACCUCUUGUUAAUAAAUCUAUUCUUUCUCAGGGG